UUAAGAAAAUGUGGUUGAUUUUAUUAACAUGUAAUUGCCUUUACUGGCUAACAUGUGCUUCUUCAUGGAUUCCUUUAAAUCCGAUGCUUGGAGAACAAAUAGAUCUCGUUGGCGGUGAAAACGAAAGUUUCAUUCCCAAUUGGACCAAAAGUAUGGAAAAUGACGAGACGAAGGAUGUUUUUGAUACUUUUGUCACCAACGAUGCUUUCAACUCGACGCCGUUUCCAUUCAAUUCCAUUGAUCGAGAUCAUGAUCUUAUGGACGAGGUAGAACAUAUCGAACCCAGGCAUUGGCCAGUUAGACCAGAUAUUCUAUAUACUCGGACAAUUAUUCCUCCAACCACAGAGAUGCCGUUGCCACGAAAGCCACUUAAUCCGCCUACUCUUGCCCAAAGAAAUUCAUCGACGCAGAGGUAUCCACCAAUCACACCACCGCUACCUACAGCAUCAAUAGAUGAAGUUUUUUGUGACUUUGGAACAUUUCCAGCACAGACACUUUGUGAGUGGCAAAAUGGUGAUAGUGUAAUAAACUGGGUAGCUGGAACUGGUAUGGGUACCAAUUGGAUGGGUGGUCCCCCAAGUGAUUAUACCACUGGUACUAUGGAAGGAGGAUAUGCCUUCCUUGAAACAUCACAAUUGCCACAAAAGGAUGGCAAAACAAAAACUCUAGGAGGACUGCUGCAUAGUGCUCAACUAGGAAGUACAGGAGUUGUUGGAACUUGUAUUAUGUUUAAGUAUAGCAUGGAUGGCCUCAGCGUCGCUGGUCUAAGAGUUCUACUUCAUGUAGGUGUAGAUGAAUAUUCUAUUAAGAAAGAACAAACUGAAGAAAUCACUCCAGAAAAUGCGACUAUACCGUCUUGCAAGCCACUGGAAAUUUUUGACGAACGUGUCAUUUGGAAUGCUCAGUAUUAUACCCUGGGUGUUUGGCAGCAAACUCAAAUGCUUUACACGUAUCCUGAGUUACAUUCGUUGAUCAUCGAAGGAAUUCCUGUGGAUUCUACUGAUCCAGCCCGUCUAUAUAGGGGCUACAUAGCCAUAGACGACAUAGAUUUACAGCCAGGUACUUCAUGUAUCGGCUUCUGCAAUUUUGCUGGUGGAUUUUGUGAUUGGGCUAAUGACGCAGAGGAUGAUUUCGAUUGGACAAUUAGUCGUGGAAGUGGGAAUCCUACAACUGGACCAGCAAUGGAUAGUUCGACAGACCAAUCAACAGCUGGAGGAUAUGCAUAUAUAGAUUCUUCUUUUCCUCGUCGACCAGGAGACAGAGCCAGGCUCCUUAGCACUAGCUUUCCCGCACCAAGUGCCGAUACACCUAUGUGUAUGCACUUUUGGUUCCACAUGUUUGGCUCUGGCAUCGGUUCUUUAAAACUGUUCAUUCGUCAUUUUCGUAGUUUGGAUGCAGCUCUUCGAGAAAUUUGGAGUCUGAACGGAAACGCUGGAAAUACGUGGUUCGUUGCUCAAAUUACAAUUAGCUCUCUGGAUGAUUUUCAACUCCUUUUCGAAGCAUCUGUAGGUAACACUGAGAUGGGAGAUAUUGCCAUUGACGACAUCUCUUUUACACAAGGUGCUUGUCCAGCUUUACCUCAAGUUGCCGUACCUACACCACGAGACUGCACCUUUGAAGUCGACGAAUGUGACUGGAUCAAUUCUCGAGAUCCUGAUCGAGUGGAGUGGGAAAGAGUAUCUAUACAAGUGCUGAAUCCCAGGAACCAACGAAAAUCGUACAGCAAUGGAUAUACAGUUAAUCGAAGAAAUGAGUAUUUCCUUAAUCUGGGACGUCCAAGAGGAGGACCUCGAUCAUCCGGAGGUGGAACAGCGCAACUCGUUAGUCGGGAAAUGAAAGGCAGUGAUGAGCCAUUAUGUGUUACCUUCUGGUACUUUAUGUUUGAGUCUUUUAUUGAUUCUAUUGGACCAAGCUUAGGUGUACUCCGUGUAUUUAUACAAACAACAGAAGAAUCAUCAACUGAAUCAAGAUCAAUCUGGCAACUGUAUAGUAACCAAGGACCCACAUGGAGGUAUGCACAGAUCAAUAUAAACGAAAGGAAGAACUUCAACGUAGUUUUCGAGGGUACUUGGGGUCCCAAUCGUGCUAGUGGCAGCAUUGGCAUUGACGAUAUUGCUUUCUAUACUGGCAAUUGUUCUGUGAAACCACCUGGUGCGUCUGUGAGACCAGGAGAUUGUAGCUUUGAGAAAGGGUUAUGUGGUUGGGAAAAUAUUACUUCUUCUGAGAACGAGCGUACAGUCACUUGGCAGCGUGCGUUUCUUGCUCAUCGUCCAGCUCAGCUAUUGGAUAAAACUUUUGGGGCAACCGGAGACUUUGUUUUCUUUGAUAUUUUUACUAUAAAUAAACAAUCCACAGAUGUACGUUUACGAUCUCCCAUAAUUCAAACAUCACCCGACGAAGAAUCGGUUUGUUUCACUUUUUGGUUCGCUGCCUUUGGUGUUGAGGAAUCUACAACAUUGCAAGUUAUUAAAAUGAAUACCGACGAAGAAGCGGGCAAUGAUGAAGAGAAUGAUGAAAAACAACAACCUUUAUGGUCAUUAACAGCGAAAGGAUUUAACAAUCCUAGACCUGUAUGGACUGCAGCACAGGUAACAAUAGAUGCACGUGCAUCUUAUCGUCUCAUCUUAAGAGGAAGUGCUAGUAACGGAGGUUUUGCGAUCGACGACAUAAAGUUUCAACCUCAAAGUUGUACAAUUCGACCAGCUGCUGCUCAACCCGUUAAUAAUGGAAAUUAAACUAUUAGAACUCAUUAUGAUCUAUAUUACAUUGUUUUUAUCUCAUCUCUUACAAAACUUAUAUGAAGUAAGCUUCUGUAAAUAAUAAAUGCACAAUUCAUUUGGAAAUAAAA